CUCCAGCCAGCUGAUCUCUCUGAGGAAAGUUGUCAAAGGGACAAGACCAGGAGAGCUCUGGGAACAAAAAUAAUAAAUUAAAGAUGAACGGCAACGCGCAGCCCUACAGCACGGACUUCCCCCUGUGCAAGCCCCUGGGGGAAGAUGAUCCCGAGGUGUACGCCAUCAUCAAGAAGGAGAAGAGACGCCAGAGGCAUGGGCUUGAGAUGAUCGCCUCGGAGAACUUUGCAUCGCGUGCAAUCAACGAGUGCCUCUCGUCCUGCCUCACUAACAAGUACUCAGAGGGCAUGGUGGGCCAGAGGUACUAUGGUGGAAACGAGUUCAUUGAUGAGGUUGAGAGACUGUGCCAGGAACGCGCUCUCAAAACCUUUGGCCUCGAUCCUGCAAAGUGGGGUGUCAACGUGCAACCGUAUUCAGGCUCUCCGGCUAACUUCGCCGUCUACACUGCUCUGGUCGAACCUCAUGGCCGUAUUAUGGGUCUGGACUUACCCGAUGGUGGCCACCUGACCCACGGCUUCUACACCGCGACCAAGAAGGUGUCGGCCACCUCCAUCUUCUUCGAGUCGAUGCCGUACAAGAUCAACGUCGAGACCGAGCUGAUCGACUACGACAAGUUGCAGGAGACUGCCAAGCUCUUCAAGCCCAGGUUGAUCAUUGCAGGUGUGAGCUGCUACCCUCGGCACCUAGACUACAAGAAAUUCCGCGAGAUCUGCGACGAGAACGGAUCCCUGCUGAUGGCCGAUAUGUCCCACGUGAGCGGCCUCGUGGCAACCGGCCUGACCACCAACCCCUUCGAGUUCUGCGACAUCGUCACCUCGACCACUCACAAGACUCUCCGCGGUCCUCGCAGUGGAAUCAUCUUCUACAGGAAAGGUCAGAAGGGCGUCGACAAGACCGGGAAGCCCAUUAUGUAUGACUACGAAGACAAAAUCAACCAAGCUGUGUUCCCCGGACUACAGGGAGGCCCCCACAACCAUCAGAUUGCUGGCAUCGCUGUGGCCAUGAGGCAGGCUGCCGAACCCUCUUUCAAGGAGUACCAACAGCAGGUGAUAAAGAAUGCCCAAACUCUGGCCAAGGGACUGCAGGAGAAGGGGUACAAGAUCGUCACGGGAGGGACAGACAACCACUUGGUGUGGGUGAACAUGCGCACCGUCGGGCUCUCGGGAGGAAAGGCAGAGAAGAUCCUGGAGGAGGUGUCCAUUGCCUGCAACAAGAACACAGUUCCCGGUGACAAAUCUGCCCUGAAUCCAAGUGGCAUCCGGCUGGGCACACCUGCUCUCACCACCAGAGGGCUGAAGGAGGCGGAGAUGGAUCAGGUCGUUGCAUUCAUUGAUGAGAGCUUCAAGAUUGCUCAGGACGUCCAGGCGAAGUCCGGCCCAAAGCUGGUGGACUUCAAUCGUGUGCUCGGAGACGCAGAGUUCAAGGAGCGCAUCAUCUCCCUGCGAGAGAAGGUGGAGGCAUUCGCAGGCACUUUCCCCCUGCCAGGCCUAGAGGACAUUUAAGCAGGAUGUCUUUGCGAGAAUCAGCCAGCAUUGGUGGUUUUGAGAUGAGGAAGGGAGAACGUGAUUGGAAAUUCCUCGUGACCAAAAUCUGUCUUCCGGUAAUUUUGAUCGAAUCUUUGCAGAAUCCGAAGUUCUUUCAGCGAUAUUAUGCUAACUUGGAGAAAAGUAGGUUAAAAGAGAUGUGUAUAUUUUUUUAAAAGAUUCUUGAGGGUGCCAUAUCUUCCUAAUAUAAAAGACAUCUCACAUUUUGACAAACUAAAGUGAAUACCACAUACAUGUUUCUUACAGUACAAUCAUAUCAAAAAGUGUUCCCAGUCUUUUGCUAACAAUUUCUGGAAAUACUACUGCUAUUACUCAACAUAAAGGGUAUUUGGCCAUGUGAUAUUAAUGUCCCGAUAAUGAAAAUGUCAUCAGAUAUUGAUAGGAGUCAAGUGGUAAUAGUAUCGACAUGCCUUGUUUCCCAGUGCUCAAUUUUGUAGGAGGAGAGUAACAAUAAUUUUUUUUCCCGAAGUGAUGUAUUUUAUGUAAUAAAUAUUUCACUGAUA